GCGUGAGCCACAGAGGUUGCCUCCGCCGUUACUGAUAUUUUACAUCCGCAGAGAAAAAAAAGUUUUCGGUUUUUUGUUGUGAGGAUAAAAAAAUUAUUCUAAAAAAACCCAGAAAGAAGAAGAAGGAGCCGGAAACCGGAGGAGUCGUCUUGCAAAGAAGAAGCGGAUUGUGCCACGGCGAGUUCUUGGCGACCGCAUGAAGAUGAGGAACCAGUUCUGAGGACCUGCGGAUGUCCACCGCUCGGCUUUGGCAACACAUCCAACAGACUCCGCAGAGGGAGGCUUUUUAUUGCUUUCUAACCAGGAGGAAAGAAGUUAACCUUGACCAUUUAUUGUAUUUAUCAUCGUCCAAACUGUGAAGUCUGAACAUACCCAACGGCACUUACCUGGCCCGGAAUGAUCUGGACUGAACUGAGCUCAAGUGUAUUUGGCUGGAGACAAAAUAACUUACUUCAGCCCAACUGAAGAGAAAUGAACUGAUUUCAAGCUGCUCUGACGUUGGCUGAUUCCUUCCGGAAUACUCUCCCUUCUCACAAGCUGCUCUUUUUUUCUGAGCCUCUUCCCCCUGAAAGCCAAAUCCCUCAAGUCGCCCACCCAGAUUCACGCACUUCCUUAGACCCUUUUCAAGGGCCUUGGACAUAUUUGAUUGAGGAGGAAUCAUCUCCUCCUCCUCCCUAAAGUCCUCGCGGCCUCUUUCUCCCGCCUCGACAUGGAUCUCCACAGGGCAGCCUUCAAGAUGGAGAGCUCCUCCUACCUGCCCAACCCCCUGGCCUCCCCGGCUCUCAUGGUGCUGGCCUCCACCGCCGAAGCCUCUCGCGACGCCUCCAUUCCCUGCCAGCAGCCGCGUCCAUUCGGCGUCCCCGUUUCCGUCGAGAAAGACAUCCAUUUGCCGUUCAACAACGGCUCGUACACUUUUGCAUCGAUGUACCACCGCCAAGGCGGAGUACCGCCGGGAUUCCCCAACAGGGACUUUCCUCCGUCCCUCCUCCACCUCCAUCACCAGUUUGCCCCACCGAACCUGGACUGCUCGCCCAUCAGCAUGCUGAAUCACAGCGGCGUCGGCGCCUUCAGGCCUUUCGCCUCCCCUCCGGACGACCGGGACGGAGUGCCGGGCGGCUAUCAGUCGGCGUUCACUCCGGCCAAGCGCCUCAAGGGCUGCCUCGAUGCCGAUGCCUCGCCCCACCUGCGGUACUCCGAUGCGGAGGGGAAAGAGUAUGACUUUGGCGGUUCCCAGAUCCCUCCCGGAAGUUCGCCCAGCAGCGCCUUGAAAGCAGUGGAGGACAGCGGGAAAAAGAUCUUCGCGGUGUCGGGCCUCCUGUCUGAUCGAGAUGCUUCCUCCAGCCCCGAGGACCGCAUUGAGCGCUGUAAAAAGAAGAUGUCCCUGUACGACAGCCAGGCUCCCAUCUGUCCAAUCUGCCAGGUGCUGCUGAGGCCCGGAGAGCUGCAGGAGCACAUGGAGACGGAGAUGGAGAGGCUAACCGCCGCGUGCUUCAGUAAGAACCCUUCACAAAAGGAUGGAGCGGCCACUCCGGGAACCCCGAAGUCAAUGCUGUUGUCGGUGCACAUCAAGCGUGAGGGAGAGUCUCCGGUGGUCUCGCCACUGUCCUCCGAAGACGCCCACCACUCCGACAGAUACCAGACAUUUUUACGAGUUCGAGCAAACAGGCAAACGAGAUUGAAUGCACGUAUAGGCAAGAUGAAGAGGAGGAAGCCUGAGGACGCGGGCCAGCGCGAGGGAGCACUCGGCGACGACGACUCUGCAGACAUGGACGGAGAGAAUGGGCGGGGCUUCGAGGAAUACGAGUGGGCGGGGCAAAAGAGGAUCAGGGCAACGGCUCUGCUGGAGGGAGGCUUCAGAGGAACCGGGUUCGCCACGUGUAGCGCCAAGGAGAGCGCGGCGGAGAGCGACGCCGACCUGGACGUGGACGGAGACGACACGCUGGAGUACGGCAAGGCCCAGUACACGGAGGCCGACAUCAUCCCGUGCUCCGGGGCCGGGGAGGACCAGGGCGAGGCCCGCGAGAGGGAGGCGCUGCGGGGAGCCGUGCUCAACGGCGGGAUGCCCUCGAACAGAAUCACGCCAGAGUUCUCCAAAUGGGCCAGCGACGAAAUGCCUUCAACGAGCAGCGGCGAAUGCAGCAAGACGGACCCCAGCACCCCUUCAUCCUCCUCCUCAUGCUCUUCCUCCUCCUGUGUCCCGCGCACCUGUAAAAACAGCGAGAUCGAAAAGGUGACGGAGGAGGAGUCCACGGCAACCACCAUGGAGGCACUGAAGGCCCGAAUCCGAGAGCUGGAGCGGCAGAUCCUGAGAGGAGACCGAUACAAGUGCCUCAUCUGCAUGGACUCCUACACAAUGCCGCUCACCUCUAUCCAGUGCUGGCACGUCCACUGCGAAGAAUGCUGGCUCAGGACUCUGGGGAACAAGAAGCUGUGCCCGCAGUGCAACACCAUCACCUCGCCCGGAGACCUGAGGCGCGUCUACUUGUAAAGGAGCGCACCUUCCCCUCCUCCUCCUCCCCAGCUCCUCUUUGUCCUUCCGAUCCAUUCCUCUAACCUGGAUUUCAUCGCCACCCUCAAUGAUCGCCGUUUGUCCCCCCCCCCUGCCCCCCUCUCUCUUUCUCGUGGCCUGGGUCGCCAGCUCCAAAAAGAAAGACAGAACCCAGAGCGAACAGAGACGAGGCGGCUGUCUCUGAGACUCCACUGGCUCCGUCUUGUUUUCUUUCCUGGGAGGUUAAAAACUGAACGACUGAGCAGAGCUCACCGACUCUCUGGCAGCAAGGCCUCCACCGAACCCCAAAUAAACAAGGGGGGGGGGGGGAGACCUCUGGCCAACGGGGCUCGUUCCACCUGACGUACCCGUAACCCGGGGAGGUACCGACCACUGGAGGACUGCUAAGUCAGUGGAGACCCCCCCCAGAACCCUGCUGAGACCAGGCCGCUUCCUGCUGCGGGAGCUGGACCUGACAGAAUUUCUUCAUCCAGAAUAUAAAGACCCCCCCCACCCCACCCCCCUUCCUCUCUAGCUCUUCUUUGACAUUUCGAUGGUGCUGGACAACGGGCUCCACCCCGAAGACAGAAAACAAAAAGCUCCUUUUUUUUCUUCUUUUUUUCUUUGUUUGUUUCCUUUCCCGGAGAGACAGAAGCGGCGGCGCUUCAUGCCCCGUGUUGCUGAAGAGAAUUAAAAAAUGUAAAGGGUAGGGAGGGGUCUGUCCACUAAAACUGAGCUUUCAACCAAACUGAGAAUAACCUCACAACCUUGAAAAAGGAGAUUGACACUCCUCUUCCACCUCUCCUCCUCCUCCUCACAAGCCCCUCCCCCUCUUCCUACCGUUUGUCGUGUUCUAGUGAAGUAAACCAAAAUUUCUCCCCCUCCAAGAUUCAGUGCAAGCACAUGUAAUAUAGUUCCAUGUAUGUUUACAAUGUUGGGUGUAAAUGACAUAGAGUUCACACACACAUGCAGACACACACACACAAAGAAACAGAAGUAUAUAAUAUCAAAGUCCUGUUGUAAGUUGGAAGGAUCUGGAAUGAUGUUUGGGUAGGGAAAAAAUGGCUGGAAUAAAAGAAGCCUUCUGUAUUUUUAAGAAGAAAAAAAUGAUCAUUUGAAGAUCGGUUAUUUCACUGUACAGGAAUUUAAAAAUGUAAGUAAUAAUAAACUUCUCGAGACUAGACGGUCAA